GUCGUCACACGGAUCCCGGGAGGUGAGACGGAAGAGCGCUGGAGGAGGGGGGCGCUGUGCACUGUACACGGGCCUGGCUGGGUCCGGGAUCCGGAAGCCGGAGCGAGCAGCAUGGAGGCCGAGGCCGGGCAGGAGCUGCGGGUCGGCUCGCUGGUGCCGGUGGUGGUGGAGCAGAUGGUGAACGACACGCUGGUGGUGACUCUGAGCUGCGGGGAGAAGUCCUACAGCGGGAUCCUCCUGGACUGCCGGAAGAAGUCUGGGUUGUUCUGCAUGCCACCACCAUCUGCUCCAAAAAAUGAAGACUCUCCCAACGGUUCCUGUAACAGUAUUCCGACAGAUGCCAACUUCUCCCAUCCAUUGUCCGAAACCCCCAUUCAAGACACUGGACUCCCUGUAAAAAGCAACACUGAUCAAGCUCCUCCACUCCUUGCUCCUCCACUCCUUGCUCCUCCACUCCUUCCACCCCCGGGUACGGCUCCUUCUAUUCCUCCAUACUUUGAAGGGGCCCCUUUUCCCCCUCCUCUGUGGAUAAGACACUCCUACAAUCAGUGGGUGCCUCAACCCCCCCCACGCAGUAUUAAAAGGACAAAGAGGCGAAUGUCAAGGAAUCGAGAUUCCGGGAGGCUAAUAAUGAGCACAAUAAGGCUGCGGCCUAGACAAGUCCUUUGUGAGAAGUGUAAAAACACCUUAAAUGCGGAGGAGACUGCCAAGGAAAAACAGAACGCUAAAAGUGGCAAAAGACUACAAAAUGAGGAUAAGGAACGACAUAAAGCGGAGUCUGAUCCCGAAGAGAGAAAGGCAACAAAGGAGAGGAGAGAGGAACAAAGUGCUUCUAGAGACUUGCUACCCAGGAGUCCCUCCAAAGACUUGAUACCUAGGAGUCCCGUCAUCAAGAUCUCAUAUAGUACACCACAGGGCAAAGGGGAAGUGGUUAAGAUUCCAUCACGCGUACAUGGCUCUGUUGAGCCAUUUUGUCCAAAGCAAAUCCAGGAAAAUGGAAGUAGGGACCAAGAGAUACCCAAGGACGCCGAACGGUGUCAAGCUCCCAAACGUUUAGCCGACAGAUUAACAGACAGUCAGGUAGCUUCUAUUCCCAAAUUAAAGUUACCCAAACCAUUGCAUUCCAAUGUAGAUAUUCCACCGCCCAAAAUCAGACUAAAACCACAAAGGAUCGGUGAUGGACAAAGCGUUUCAGUCUAUAAAUCUGAGCUAAUUGACGAAGUGAAUGUGCUGCAGAGCAGCCAAGAGUCUGAAAUGGAUUCCUCAGCUUAUUACAUGGACAGCGCUGCAGAAAGAAGUUAUCAUGAUGUGUCUUUGGGAAGCUCUGGAGAAGACGACGACUUCAAAGGAUUUCCACACAGCAAUGAAGGACAUAACCUGAAUUUACUUAUGAAUUACCGGAAAAGGAAAGCCGAUUCGUCUAGUGCGUCGUUGUGCAGUAACGACAGCCUAGAGGAAUCAAAGUCGACCUGUCUGGAAUUAAAUAGGAUGGAUUUUUGUGACCUUCUGCCUGGUGAUGAGGUUUCAGUCUCGUCUUCUAAAGAUCAACAGAAAACUGUGCCACCUCUUAUGGUGAGACUUCACUCUAAAAGCGUGUCAAACUGCAUCACUGUAGAUGGAAAGACGGUGUCAGUGGGUGAUAUCGUAUGGGGGAAGGUCCAUGGCUUUCCUUGGUGGCCGGCCCGUAUACUGACUAUUAAUGUUACUCAAAAGGAGAACGGUGAGCCUACAUGGCAAGAGGCAUCGGUUUCAUGGUUUGGUUCUCCAACGACCUCCAGUUUAUCCGUUUCAAAACUUUCUUCCUUUUCUGAAUUUUUUAAACUGAGGUUCAAUAGGAAGAAAAAAGGAGUGUACCGUAAAGCUAUUGCCGAAGCUGCCAGGGCUACUAAUCAUCUGACUCCGGAAAUUAGGGAACUGUUAAUGCAAUGUGAAACGUAAUUUCAUUAGAAGAUCAGAAGAUGGGAACACAGCUGUUCUACUAGAGUUUCACUACGCCUAUAAACAUCCGAACAACAAAUUCCCAAUGGAGAUUCUUGCAGCGGCUGCACUUCUGACAGCGAGAUGAGUUAUCUGCUCAUGUGCGAAGGACGGCGGUCACCUGGACCUCGGCGGCGAGGAGCCUGCUACAUGCAAAAUUCUCAAGGACAUUGACCCACCAAUAAAUCUGCUCUGCAUUUUUAAUAAUAGGGACAUAAGAACAGCAAACAAACGCAAACUUUUAAUUUAUUAAUUUUUUUUUUUUAACUACAAAAAAUAAAAAAUAAAUCUUGCUGCUGCUUAGUUUACAGGUAAUAGACUAAAGCUAUGAAACAACAUAACCAAACAGGAGUAUUUAAUCAAAGCUAAAAAAAAAAAAAAAUCCUAGAAAAGUCGAAAUAAGUGUCUUCAAGGUAAAUUUCAACGGUUUAAAAAUAUCAGUUACCCAAUCUGGAUCUUUUCUGCACAAAAUGUUCUUUUUCUGAAAUCGCUACCAAAGGAAACUGUAGUUUCAACUAGUAUUUAUUUAACAAUGGUUUUAGGGAUUUAUUUUUUAUUUUUAUUUUUGGUUUGUUUUUAAAUCCUAAUGUGAACUUUCAUGUAUUUAUUAGAUUACAUGAACUUAUUUCAGGCUCUGUAUUGGUUGAUUUUAUCCCAAACUUAGUAAAAACCUAUUUUAUUUUUAAA